CAAAACAAAAAAUAUGGAGCUUCUUCCGGGUCUUCCAGAUGAUGUCGGACUCGAAUGUCUUGUACGUGUCCCCUACAAUCAUUUCUCCUCUGUUGCAUCCGUGUGUAAGAGUUGGAAGCUUCAGAUUCAGCAGCCUGAGUUUAUGCGCCGAAGGAAAGCCGCGGGCUUUACAAGCACAGUCAUUGUCAUGGCCCAAGCGCAUUUCGACCCGACCCCAAAAUCCGGAUCCGUGAAGCUGCCCGCCACCCCGGUUUACAGGCUCACCCUUUGUGAACCCGAAAACGGUUACUGGACUGAGCUUCCACCGGUGCCCGGAUACACCGAGGGGUUGCCUAUGUUUUGCCAGCUUGUCGGGGUGGGGUUGAACUUGGUGGUCAUGGGCGGGUGGAACCCAGAUACAUGGGAGGUUUCUAACGCUGUUUUUGUCUAUAGUUUUUCUACUGCUUCGUGGCGGCGGGGGGCUGACAUGCCAGGUUGCCGGAGAUCAUUCUUUGCAUGUGCGUCGGAUCUUAAGCGGACGGUGUUUGUCGCCGGCGGGCACGACGAUGAAAAGAAUGCAUUGAGCUCAGCUCUAGCGUAUGACGUGGCAAAGGAUAAGUGGGUACAAUUGCCUGACAUGGCAAUGGAACGUGAUGAGUCAAAGGGAGCUUUCCAAGGUGGCAAGUUCCAUGUCAUUGGUGGCUACCAUACAAACAUGCAAGGUAGAUUCACAACAAGUGCAGAAUCGUUUGAUCUUUCUACUUGGCAAUGGGAUCCAGUCCAAAAUGACUUCUUGGAUAUUGCCACGUGUCCCCGGACCUGUGUUGGUGGCGCCGGAGAUGGGAGAUUGCUUAUGUGUCGAGAUGCUGACGUGGCAAUUCUUCAGAAUUCCAAAUGGCAAGCUGUGACUCAGCUUCCGGCUGACAUAAGGAACGUAUCGUAUGUGACAGCGUGGCAGGGGAAUCUACUUUUGAUAGGCUCUCCUAGAUUCAGUGAGCCCCACAAGAUUUACAUGUUGGACUUGAAGAGUUACAAGUGGACAAAGGUUGAGACACGAGACGGUUUCUCUGGCCAUGUCCAGUCAGGCUGCUGUCUACAAAUGUGAGGGAUUUGCUAGUGAUGAUUAGUGUUGCUUGCAGAAGAGAUGACUGUAUAUAUGCUAUAAAGAGAUUUUUGUUUCUACUAGCACCCAAGUUUUGUUUAGUACAGCACCUUAAGUCUUCCCUAAGAACAAAAAGUUGUGCAUAUUUGAUGGUUCUCUCCAAGAUCAGGCAUUAAUCGUAUUCUCUAGAUGUUUGAACUUUGAAGCCUCAGAUAAGCUGAAUAGGCAGCCCCGAGCAGCGGGUAGCCAAAUUGCAUCAUGUAGCCGCUAAGAUACCU